CAAGUCAAAGUUAUACAUCAUCAUGCUCAUCGAUCUUUUUUUUCCACAAAAAAUAACAGAUCAAGUUGAUCAAGUCACCUGGCGGCUCUUAACAAAUGCUAAUAAUAUUCCACUUUAAUAAAUAUUAUACACAAGUCUAUCUCCAUAUAGUUUAUAAAUAGGUCCUAGUUCAUCUUAGUUUGUACCAACAACAUUUCUCAUCAAACAUCAUGGCUACCACACAAAUAGCUGUUAUCGUGCUUCUAGGAUUACUUGUUGCCACCAACAUUCACAUAACAGAGGCCCAAUUAGGUGUUUGCUAUGGAAUGAUGGGGAACAACUUGCCAUCACACUCGGAAGUUAUACAGCUCUACAAGUCAAGAAACAUUGGAAGAUUGAGGCUUUAUGAUCCGAAUCAUGGAGCUUUAAAUGCGUUAAGAGGAUCAAACAUUGAAGUGAUACUAGGACUUCCAAAUGUAGAUGUGAAACACAUUGCUUCUGGGAUGGAACACGCGACAUGGUGGGUACAGAAGAACGUUAAAGAUUUCUGGCCUGAUGUUAAAAUUAAGUACAUUGCUGUUGGUAAUGAAAUCAGCCCUGUUACUGGCACAUCGUCUCUUACCUCAUUUCAAGUUCCUGCUUUGGUUAACAUUUAUAAAGCAAUCGGUGAAGCUGGUUUGGGAAAU